AACAGUUAACUGGUCAUUGAUCGAUCAUCAAAUUAAAUGGCAAUGGUUUGAUCGUAUAGACUAAGUUGAUCGUGCACCAAAGCCAUGGGAGAAGCAAACUGCAGGUGGGCAAUGGCGGCUUUGUUGGUGGGACUACUGGCUGCGAGAGCAGAGGAUGAGCCUCCAGUUCAAGUCUACCCUUCCAAUGGCGGCCAGCUCUGCGCAAGUGAGUGCAGCACCUGCCCGCUGGUGUGCUCUUCUCCUCCCUCACCUCCCUCUCUAAUCCCUCCACCACCUUCGUUGCCAUCAUCACCUGAUUUCAAUUACGCAACACCACCAACGCCGCUCCUUCCUCCGCCACCGCCGCCGCCGCCAUCCUCACCUCUGUCUUAUAUCUAUCCUGAAACUCCUUCCAUAUGGUUGCCUCCACCUUCGCCGAAUCAAUCAUCUAUCUAUCCCUACCCUUACUAUUUCUUUUAUUCUAACUCAGGAGCUCCGGCUGCGACUGUGGCAUCAACAGGACUUGGUGUUCUUACAGUGUUCUCCAUUGCUGCAAUUUGUUUCGUCUUUUAAUGUUAGUUUGUUGGUUUAUUUAUGUGCACAAGAGUUCAAAUCCCACAGUAUUAUAUACUUAAUUGGUUAUACAUAAUAUGGCC